AGAAAAGCUAGCAAUCCUGCUACAAGGAAGUGUGUUCACCUGAAACCAAACUGGUUGCUCAUUUGCCAGUCGUAGAGGAGGAGAAACUAAUGUAAAACAGGUGACCAUGCAGAAUGCAGUUCAGGUGUGGUUUGGAGAUGAGCUUCCCUUGAGUCCCCGAAGUCCUCUGACUCCGAGACACGGGCCGGGCCUGGCAGAUGUGUGCCUGUAUGACCAGUGGAUAUCUGUGCGGCACGAAGCCACUUUGGUGCCUAUGCAGGAAGAUCUCUCCAUUUGGCUGUCUGGCUUGCUGGGAAUGGAAGUCAAAGCAGAACAACUGCUAGAAGAACUUGAUAAUGGGGUACUGCUUUGCCAGUUGAUCAAUGUUCUUCAAAACACAGUUAAGAAAUGUUGUAACACAAACAACUUAAGGAAUUUUCCUAUGAGAAAAGUUCCAUGUAAGAAGGAUGCUCCAUCAGGAUCUUUUUUUGCCAGAGAUAAUACAGCCAACUUUCUUAACUGGUGUAGAGCCAUUGGAGUUGAUGAGACAUACCUCUUUGAAUCUGAAGGCUUAGUGUUGCACAAGGAUCCAAGACAAGUGUAUCUUUGUCUGCUGGAAAUUGGGCGCAUUGUAUCUGGGUAUGGAGUUGAACCUCCUGUACUUGUAAAACUAGAGAAGGAAAUUGAGCUAGAAGAAACCCUGCUGAUGACCUCUGGGCCGCCAUCACCUCUUAGCACACCAAAGUCAUGUUGUCACCAUGGGGAGCUACACGAGGCAGUAAAACAUAUAGCAGAAGAUCCUCCCUGCAGUUGUUCCCAUCGAUUUUCAAUUGAAUACUUGUCAGAGGGUCGUUACAGGCUGGGAGAUAAAAUACUCUUCAUACGAAUGCUACAUGGCAAGCAUGUGAUGGUACGUGUUGGUGGAGGCUGGGACACUCUUCAAGGUUUUCUGCUCAAAUAUGAUCCAUGCCGAGUGCUUCAGUUUGCAACUCUGGAACAAAAAAUCCUGGCAUUUCAGAAAGGGGUCACCAGUGACAGUGUCCCUAGCUUGUCAGCUAGAAAUCAGGAGCCUCCUCUUAUGAAUCCAAUGUCAGCUGUCAAUAUGUUUCAAAAGCAGCCAUCAAAAACUCCUGCUCCUGCUUUAGGUCUUGGGGUCAGUGCCAAGAAGGCUUUAGUUAAACGUCCUCAGUCCCCUGCCCUGGCAUCACCAAGAGUGCCAGUGACCCCAUCUUCCACUGCCAAGUCAUCAACAGUCAGGUCCAAAUUACAAGGCUCCUCAGCAACAGGUGUGCAGUCUUCUUUCAAACCAUUAGCUGGCACCUCAAAGAAACUGGCGUCUCCUGCAUGCAACUCACCAACUUCUGCUCCUUCACAGCCUGGAAGCAAAAGUUCUUCACGUGCGGGAACAAGAACAGCUCCUGUUCCCUCUGAAACGUUACGCAAACGUAUUCGGUCCCCUGAUGCUACCAAGGUGAAAUUUGCCCUGCCUCAGGGUUCCCCAGCACCAGCACUCCAUCAUGCCAUCUCACCCUCUAAAAAACAACCAUCUCUCUUGUCUGGGACCGCUGGAACAACCACUUCGAAACAGAAGUGUGUCCCUGCUAAAUGCAAACCUGUAUCUGUCACUAAAACCAAGGCAAAUUCAGCUGCUCCCAGGGCUGCUCGGCUGCCAGUUACAAAUCUGCGCGCUGUUGCCAAAUUUGCACAUUCUCAGCAACUCCUUGCAAAACCUUCUGAAAAUGAUAUUCAGAUGUCAGGUGCUGGAUCUCAGCAUCCUCAGAAAGCCCCACAAACAACUUCUCACCUAGCAAGGAACUUGAAGACUGUUUCCGAGCUAAAGCUUUCCGCUUCUGCACCUUCCCUUGCAGUUAGCAAAGCAUCAAAGUCACCACCUCCAUUGUUACCUACAAGCAAAAAUGUGUCAUCAGCUGGCAGCAAGCAGCCAAAUGCCAGUAAUCCGCCUCAGGCUGGACCCUCUUUAUCCAAACCUGCUGAACGCACACCUUUGUCUGUUGUACGGCUUCCUCAAACUUCAGCCAAAGCAGCAGUGACCAAAAAGCCAGCAGAGCCUUCCACAAAAGGUCAGCAUUCAACCAAAAACUUGCAAAUAAACAAAAGCUCAGCCUCAGCAGCCAAGAAGCCACUCCCAAAGGAACAGGCAUAUAACAAAGGAACACCUGGUGCAUCAAAAGGUCCUCUUAUGAAGAGCAGGCAAGAUGAUCACUAUUUUGUUAUGACAGGGACGAAAAAGCCCAGAAAGUAAACUAAUUUGUUACUUUCUGUGGAAGUCUGUUUUGUUCAAUAGGGCCUCUUGUAACUGCUGCACUGGGGAUGAGGGAAAAAAGUUAAAUAACACUAUUUAAUAUGAAAUAUUAGGUAUAACCUGCCUUUUGCUGCCUAACUUACUGUAAGAACUGUGUUUAUUUUGCAGUUUAGAAACUUCUAUUUGGAUAUGUUUGGAAGUGAGCUUACUUGCUGUGUGGCACUGUGGAAUGGCAAAUAUCCUUGAUCUGCUGCAAAAAAGUGUGGGAGAGGAAAGGGGAAUUAAGGCUGAUGCAGCAGAACUCUGGUGGUUCUGGCACAUCUGCAUUGAGGUGUGUGGCAAGCAACAGAGCUGUGCACAAGCUGUAAAAUUUCUAAUACCUCAAACAAAACUGGGUUUUGUUCACUAGUAUCCCAGAGCCCAAAUCUAGGUCACAGGUUUUGGAAAGAGAAGAAUUCUCUAGUCCUGUUUAGAUUUGACAGAUGCUGUUAUCAGUGUUGUGCCUUAAAGUGGAUUCAGCUCACUUGGAAGUGGAGCUUGGUUUGUUUUAAAUUGGACACCGACAAUCAUGGCCUUGACUGCUCACUUUCAUUGUGCCUUAGCCUCUCAAGUUGAGAACAGAACUCUCCAGUGAGCAUUAUUACUUUUAAAACCCAGGUCAGAAAACCUUGUUUGGUCCGUGUUUAAAUCUGACUAGCUUUCCUAGAAAGCUCUUGCUGCAUGGAGAGAUGCUCCUGAGUUCUAGGGAAGACACUUUCCCCUGGGCUGGAGCCCCACACCAGCUCCUACUCCUGGGUUGGAGCCCCAGAACAGCUCCUGCUGCAGCAACACUGAGCUGCAAGCACUGACCUGUUCUGGCAUAACUUUGCUGCUCUGCAGGAGUGGUCUUUGCAUUUAAGACUGAAUUGCUAAAUACUUUUCUCUGUGCUACAGGUUAAUUUUUGUUGGCACUCUAGUCUGCAGUGGCCUUUCUUGUUUUAUUUAUGGAGACCUCUUUCCUGGCUCUCCUCUAUCGCUCUCUGGAGAAGAGAAGUCGUUUCCCAAAGAGGAAUAUAGUCUGCAUUUGCCUUUAAACAUGUUAAAGUGCCAGAAAGCUAUACACUGUUUACACCCAGCUCCUGAAGUCUUUCAGUGGGUCCAACAUCUGUGAUGCUCAACACCUUUACCCUUGAGAAGUGAGCUUCAUGGUAGAUUGAAAGCUGCUGUCUUUGGGAGUAGUGCUGUUUGAGUUAUUUUUGGGUUAAUGAACAGUUGUCCCUCCAGACACUGAGGAGCUCUGAAGGUCUUUGAAGACACACUGGUGGUUUCCACAGACCAUCACUUCUGGCCUCCAUUCCCAGUCUAUUUAUGGGCAGGAGUGGAUGUCACUGCCAUAGAGGCUCCUGGAUGGUGGAACAGGGAAGUCUUUUUAAAAGAAGAGUUCCAUGGAAUAUUUAGCUUCUGUUGUUAAGGGUUUUUUUUGUUUUGUUUUUUUUUUUU